GGCGUUCUGAACGGUUAAUUGAUGGCUGUGUAAUUUUUUUACCAGCAUCAGUGGUAGCGGUGAAGAAGCAUGCUGUUCGAGAACAAAAAAGGACUUCUGUUUUGGGUUUGAUGAACCGCAAAGGAUUUAAAAAAAAACAAAAAACUGAUGAUUCACCGUGCACUGUAACAGUCGGCAUUGUGUGUACAGUUCCUGCAUCCGAAAUGUAUAUUUAAUGAAUGGAAACACGCGUUUUUAAGAACACCACAUUGCUGCAUAUUAUUAUUAAUAACAUAGACUACAUGCAAAUGUCGAAUUUAGCCAUUUCAAUCGUUUGCAAGCUGUCGUGUUUGCAAGUGCGUGCGCCCAGCGUCUGAAUUCUGCAAACAGAAAAACUGCAUCAGAAAAAGGACUCGUGGAAACACGACCCGCCUGGGGAGUGCUUGCAGUUCAGUGGUACUGAAACAGAACAAAAAAAGACCAAACCACAACAAGAACAUCUACUGUUCAAUGGAAAGGACUCCGUACAGAGUUCAGCUGGUUUAGAGGUCUGAAGAUCAGCUUGCACCGGAGAGACAGACAUCAUUAAGGGCUCCAUGGCGAUGCCGCGGUACUCCUCUCCCCCGGACGGGGGCUGGGGCUGGGUCAUCGUGUUCUCUCUCUUCCUGGAGUCCGCGCUGGUGUUCGGGCUGAUCCGCUCCUUCGGCGUGUUCUUCGUGGAGUUCGUGGAAUAUUUCGAGGAGCCGGCUGGAGCCGUGUCCUGGAUCACUUCCAUCGGGGUCGCAGUGCAGCAGUUUGCAAGUCCGCUCGCGAGUGCGCUCAGCAAUGCCUGGGGCGCGCGGUCUGUGGUGAUGGUGGGCGGAGUCCUGGCCAGUUUGGGGAUGAUCCUGGGCUCUCAGGCCAGCAGCCUGACUCACCUGUACCUGUCCAUCGGACUCGUCUCAGGUCUGGGCUGGGCGCUGGUCUUCACCCCCUCCGUCGCCAUGGUAACCCGCUAUUUCCACCAGCGGCGCACCCUGGCCACGGGGGUGGGGUUCAUGGGGGUGGGCGUGGCCUCCUUUGCCUUCUCUCCGCUCUUCCAGUUCCUGGUGGAUCACUACGCCUGGCGGGGGGCCCUGCUUAUCCUGGGGGGGCUCAGCCUGAACCUGCUGGUGUGCGGGGCUCUGCUCAGACCCCUGAGGCUCCAGGAGGACCAGAGCAUCACAACCAGCCCGCAGCACCCCAGCUCCUCCUCCUCCUCCUCCCCCCCGCUCCUCUCCAGGCUGUGGUCCCUGUUCGACCUCUCCUUGCUCAGGCACUGGCCCUUCCUCACCUACACGGCCGCCAUCACCCUCUUCAACGCCGGCUACUUCAUCCCCUAUGUCCACCUGGUGGCACACAUCCAACGGAAGGGCUUCUCCGAGUACCAGGCGGCCCUGGUCAUGUCUCUGACCGCGCUGACGGACCUGCUGGGCCGGGGCGUGUCCGGCUGGGUGUCGGACCUGCGCAGGGUGAGGCUGCCUCACAUCCUGGCUCUGUGGACGGGGCUGACCGGCCUCUCCAUGCUGGUGAUCCCGCUCGGCAGCUCCUACCCCGUCCUGCUCGCCCUGGGGCUGGUCUACGGGUUCUGCUCCGGAGCCAUGACCCCCGUGGUGUUCUCGCUGCUCCCCGAUAUCGUGGGAGUGGGGCGCAUCUUCGGGGCGCUGGGGCUGCUGCAGAUGAUCGAGAGCGUGGGGGGGCUGCUGGGGUCCCCGCUGUCAGGCUGGCUCAGGGACCUCACUGGGGAUUUCACUGCCUCGUUCCUGGUCGCGGGGGCGUUCCUGCUGGCCGGGACGCUGGUUCUGUUUGCUCUGCCCCGCUUCUUCUCCUGUUCGGGCCCUCAGAACCAGUGCCCCGAGCCUGGACCAAUAACCAACGGAACCGGGCCCAGCAGCAGCAGCCAACCAGAACCCCUGAACUCCAUGGAACCCCAAGCGGCCCUGGUGACCGGACCGAGUGAGACCGUGACCUUCUCCGGGUCGGGUCAGAACCACAGUGCUACGCGGGUCGAGGACGCAAACUGCUGAUGCAGCCAAACAAGCCAAUCAACUUAUUCGUCUACCUCUGUGAGCCAAUCAGAACAGGAGCUUGUCUGUCUAUGUGUAGGGGGGGAGGUGUGUUUGUGUGUGUGUGUAGGUGGGGGUGUGUGUCUGUCUGUCUGUCUGUAUAGGUGUGUGUGUGUGUGUCUGUUUGUGUAUAGGUGUGUGUGUGUGUAUCUGUCUGUUUGUGUAUAUGUGUGUGUGUGUGUCUGUUUGUGUAUAGGUGUGUGUGUGUGUGUGUCUGUUUGGGUAUAGGUGUGUGUGUAUAGGUGUGUGUUUGUUUGUGUAUAGGGGUGUGUGUGUGUGUGUGUGUGUGUGUGUCUGUUUGUGUAUAGGUGUGUGUGUGUGUGUGUGUGUCUGUUUGUUUGUGUGUGUCUGUUUGGGUAUAGGUGUGUGUGUCUGGUGUGUGUUUGUGUAUAGGUGUGUGUGUGUGUGUCUGUCUGUCUGGUGUGUGUUUGUGUGUAGGUGGGGUUGUGUGUGUGUGUGUGU